GAUGAGCACAGUGGUCACCCGUUUUCUUUUUUUUUUGUCUUCUGUCGUCAUCAUUGUCGUCGUCGUCGUCGUUCAUACAGCUGCUGCUGCCAGCCAUCCAUCCAACCUUAUAAAACUUGUGUCACACACAUAAACACGCUGUAUAAGCUCAUCAUCGCAACGAACUUUUGUCUUUUUUUUUGGGAGAAAAAAGUUCAUAUUGGAAACAAACAAACAAAAAUUUUUUCGAUCGAUCCACCCAUUUUCCACCUUUAACCUUUCUUCCUCUUUAUUUGUUUCAAAACUUUAGGUGGAUUGUUCUCCCCGUAUAGACAUUCGAAGAUUUACCUAAAAAAAAAAAAUUUUCCAACGCGCGAUCUUUGUCCUUUGUUUCACCUGUGAGCGAGUGAAUGAUUGUUGAUGUUUUUCUUUGGAUUCGUUUGACCAUUAUCGUAAUCGAUCAUUAUCACCAUUUGCAUCAAAGAUUCGAAUCAUUUUAUUUAUUUUAUUUUCUGUUUUUGAUAUUCCAUAUUUGUUGAAUAUUACCUUUUAAAAACAAAAAAAUUCCAUCCAUGCUUUCGACGAAUCAAAACGCCGAUUAUAUCAAUGUACAUAGUAAACGUAAAAAAGAAAAUCUAAUUACAUUUGAUCAAACAUCACCAACAAAAAAAUAUAAAAUAUCAAUAUUUAAUGAAAGUGAUUUUCCAUCAACAACAACAUCUACCACGAAUAAUUCAAUCAUUAACAACGUGGCCAAUAAUAAUAAUAAUCCUAUACAUAAUAAUAAUAAUAACGUUGGUAAAAAGCCAGCAAAUCUAGAACAAUGGCUUAUGAUGUUUCAUCAAUGGACAAAUAAUGAACGUAUUAUUGCAUUAGAUUCAUUAGUUACAAAUGAUAUAUGUGAAAUACAACAAAUGAGACAUUUAUUAUCAAUAAUUGAACCACAAUUACAACGUGAUUUUAUUUCAUUAUUACCAAAAGAAUUAUCAUUAUAUGUAUUGUCUUUUUUGGAUCCACCGGAUCUAUUACGUGCUGCUCAAACAUGUCGAUAUUGGCGUAUACUUUGUGAAGAUAAUCUUUUAUGGCGUGAAAAAUGUCGUGAAGAAGGUUUACUUGAUGAUCAUGAAACAUUAUCCGAUUUGUUUGCAUCUCGUAUAUCAUCAAUCAAUAAUGGUCGAUCGUCAAAAAUUCUUGACAACAAAUCAUCACCAAAAUCAUUAGAUGUUAAAAAUAAUUCAUCAUCAUCAUCAUCAUCAUCAUCUGGCUAUCAUGAUCAGAUACAAAAAAAUGAUAAUAAUACAGCAGCAUCAGCAACAGCCAAAUGUUCUGAAUAUAAAUUAGCAUAUCUACAUCAUAAAAAUAUUGAAUAUAAUUGGCGUUAUGGUAUACUUGAUUAUGGUACAAAUAUUAAUGAUGUUGAUGAUGAUGAUUCAUUUAUUGCAUUAAAUCUUUCAAAUCAACCACGUGAAAAUAAUAAUAAUAAUAAUAAUAAUUCCAUACAAAAUGAUAAUAAUGUACAACAAGCAUUAUGUGCAAAUAAUAGAUCAAUUAAUUCAUCAAAUUUAGCUAAUAAUAAUAAUAAUUCCAAUUGUUCAUCAUCAUCAUUAUCAUUAACAACAGCAACAACAACAAAUGAACCUAAACCAAGAAAAUUAAAAGAAAUAUUACAUUUAAAAGGUCAUGAAGAUCAUGUGAUAACGUGCCUACAAUUUAAUCCUACCUCAAAUAUAAUUGUUAGCGGUAGUGAUGAUAAUACAUUAAAAGUAUGGUCAAGUAUGAAUGGAAGAUGUUUACGUACAUUAGCUGGACAUACUGGUGGUGUUUGGUCAUCACAAUUAUCAAUUGAUAAUAUUGUAAUAUCAGGUUCAACUGAUCGUACAUUACGUGUUUGGAAUGCAUUAAAUGGACAAUGUUUACAUACAUUAUAUGGUCAUACAUCAACAGUUCGUUGUAUGGCAUUACAUGGACCAAAUGUUGUAUCCGGUAGCCGUGAUACAACAUUACGAGUAUGGAAUAUAAAAACUGGUGAAUGUGUUCAUGUACUUGUUGGUCAUAUGGCAGCUGUACGUUGUGUACAAUUUAAUGGUCAACUAUGUGUAUCCGGAGCAUAUGAUUAUCUUGUUAAAGUAUGGAAUGUACAAUCUGAAACAUGUCUACAUACAUUAGAAGGUCAUACAAAUCGUGUUUAUUCAUUACAAUUUGAUGGUCGUCAUAUUGUAUCUGGUUCAUUAGAUACAUCAAUACGUGUUUGGUGUGCUGAAACUGGUAAAAGUAAACAUACAUUAAUUGGACAUCAAUCAUUAACAUCCGGUAUGCAAUUAAGAAAUAAUAUACUUGUAUCGGGUAAUGCUGAUUCAACUGUACGUGUUUGGGAUAUAAAUACUGGACAAUGUUUACAAACAUUAUCUGGUGCUAAUCGUCAUCAAUCGGCUGUAACAUGUUUACAAUUUAAUUCAAAAUUUGUUAUUACAUCAAGUGAUGAUGGUACUGUUAAAUUAUGGGAUCUAAAAACUGGUGAAUUUAUACGUAAUCUUGUUACAUUACCAUCGGGUGGUUCCGGUGGUGUUGUAUGGCGUAUACGUGCAUCAAAUACUAAAUUAGUUUGUGCAGUUGGUUCACGUAAUGGUACUGAAGAAACAAAAUUAUUGGUUUUAGAUUUUGAAACACCACUUUAUCCAUCAUCAUCAUCAUCAUCAUCAUCAACAUCAUUAUUAUUAUCAAAUUCAUUUUUCUUAAAUGAUGAUGAUGAAAUAAUGAUGAUGUCCAAUAAUAAUGAUGGAUCCAAAUUAUCUUCAUGUGAUUUUAAUGAUGAUGAUAUUAAUAUGCCAAAUAAUGAUGAUGAUGAUGAUGAUAAUAAUGAUGAUAAUAAUUCAUCAUCAUCAACACCUGUUACACCAUUAUUAUUAUUUGGUCAAUCUAUUUCCGAUCCAAUUAAUUCCGAAACUAAUACUACUACUACUACUAAUCAUUCAACAACAACAACAACAACAAAUACUUCUACUUCUGUAACCUCCACAACCUCAUCAACAUCAACAUCCGCAUCAUCAUCAUCGGAUUCAUUGAAUCGUUUAUCAUCAUUUUGUUAUAAUUGUAAAUAUGGAUUUAUUGAUUUUGAAAAACAACAACAACAACAACAACAAUCAUCAUCAACAACAAAUUUAUCGAAUCCUU